AUGCUACGAUCGAAGUUUAUUUUCGCGAUCUCGCUAGCCUUGAGCUUACUCUUUGGUAGAGCUCAAGCAUUUUUCGGAAUCCAUCGAAUGAAAAUCAUCGGCUAUGCAACAGCUAAACCAGAGCAGGCUGAGCGAAUCAAUAGAAACCAUAAGAUAACCGAUGCUGAUAUACAGUUUAUGGGCGGCCAAAUAGGAGAGGGCUUUUAUCUAAUAAACGAACCUGGCGGCUUCACUGUUCCAGGAGGGACUUGGCACUGCGUUGUGAAAGCGAGAACCAGUAGGGUGGAAAGGAUCGCCAAAGUCUAUAUCCCGAGACAGUAUCAAGACACACCUUCGAGUCGGCUAAAAAAUUUAUGGUUCUCAAACGAGAAUACCAUCAUAAACUACGUCAGGUCGAUGGGCGUUGUGUUAGACUAUUUUACAGCGCUGCGCUUCUCAUGGGUCCAACAAAAUAAUGGCUAUGGUAAGCAAAUGCUUAUUCCAUCGACAGUGGUACAGCGUGGUCAGUUGGGUUUAUGGGCCGAAUGCUUUAAUUCAGUCAGUGAUAUGUUAGAUGAACAUGAAUCAGGUACUAUUGAUUGGGAUGAUAAAAGCAAAUGGGAUAUUAAGGGAAAUAUUGGAUUGACGAGGGGAUGA